GGGGCGCAGGCAGGCAGGCGGGCGUCGGGUAGCCCGAAGGCAUCAUGGCGGAUAGAGACAGCGGCAGCGAGCAGGGCGGUGGCGGGGCGCCGGGCUCGGGCCCUGGCGGCGGUGGCGGGCCCGGCAGUAGCGGCGGCGGGGUUGGCCUCCAGCACGAGACGCAGGAGCUGGCCUCCAAGCGGGUGGACAUCCAGAACAAGCGCUUCUACUUGGACGUCAAGCAGAACGCGAAGGGCCGCUUCCUGAAGAUCGCGGAGGUGGGUGCGGGAGGCAGCAAGAGCCGCCUGACGCUCUCGAUGUCAGUGGCGGUGGAAUUCCGCGAUUAUCUGGGCGACUUCAUCGAGCACUACGCGCAGCUGGGGCCCAGCCAACCGCCGGAGCUGGCGCAGGCCGCGGACGAGCCCCGGCGGGCCCUGAAAAGCGAAUUCCUGGUGCGCGAGAACCGCAAGUAUUACAUGGAUUUGAAGGAGAACCAGCGCGGGCGAUUCCUGCGCAUCCGCCAGACAGUCAACCGCGGCCCAGGCCUCGGCUCUACACAGGGCCAGACCAUCGCCUUGCCAGCGCAAGGGUUGAUCGAGUUCCGCGACGCCUUGGCCAAGCUCAUCGACGACUACGGCGUGGAGGAGGAGCCGGCCGAGCUGCCCGAGGGCACCUCCUUGACGGUGGAUAACAAGCGGUUCUUUUUCGACGUGGGCUCCAACAAGUACGGCGUUUUCAUGCGGGUGAGCGAGGUCAAGCCCACCUACCGCAACUCCAUCACCGUCCCUUACAAGGUGUGGGCCAAAUUCGGACACACUUUCUGCAAGUACUCGGACGAGAUGAAGAAGAUCCAGGAGAAGCAGAGAGACAAGCGGGCCGCCGCCGCCGCCGCAUCCUCCUCCUCCUCCGGCGGAACAGAGCAGCAGCCAGAGACCGAAAUCAGCAGCAGCACCGCUAUCGCCACUGGCCCGCCCGGAGCCUUGCUGCAGGCGGAGGAGCCAGAGGAGGAUUGAUCUCCAUCUAUCUUUCCUCCCUCCUCUCCACAUCCCUCCUUCCCGUUUGGCUGCCUCCUCCCUGCCCUGCUGCACAGAGACACUGGUAAUAAUGACAACAACACACAGAGAAAGACUUUAUACUGUAAGGGAGAGAAAGAGAGAGAAAAUCAACAUCCACAAGCCGAAAAUAAUGCAUACCGUUAAAUAUACCUGUUAUAACUCCAAGGGGAGCACCAUCUACCUAUCCACCACCAAAACUGACAGCCGAGCAAGCAACUUCUUUCUCUCCACCCCAUCGCUGGAUUGUUCCUUCCACUCUUGCUCAUCGUAUAAAACAGUAAGCAGCUGCUAAAAACAAACAAACAAAAAAUUACAAAAAAAGUAAUAACAUUAUAUAAGAUGAACUGUGUUUCCUACUUGAUUAAAAAGAUAUAAAGAACUGAGUGUUUAUUUCCCUAAUUAACCAAGAACUUUUGUACACGUUUAAGCUAUUAUUAUUAAAAAAGUGUUUGCAAAAAUGGUCAAGAUUAAAAUAUUGCUGAAUUAUAUUAAAAAAGAGAAAAUGUCCUUUUCAUGUUGAGCUAACAUUUGACUUUAGCACAAAAAAGAGAUAUUUUAGAACACGUAAAAUAAUAUUUUUAGUUUUUCUUCUCAUUUUGUUACCAAAUUUCAAAACCUUUCAUGGAGGUUAUUAUAGUAUAUUUGACACCCUAUAUACCUGUGAUUAGAGAUGUGUAUAUAUAUAUGAGGGCUAGGCAUGCUGUGUGUCUGAGCUUUGUCUAAAUGUUAUGCAGAAGUCUGUAGAGUUAAAAGGUACGUAGGUUUAAUUCAUGCAAGGUAAACAAUAAGUGCUCUCUUUUAUACAAUAUGCAUUGCAUCUGGACCUUAAGCAUAUAAAAUGGUCAGUGAAACUUCUGUGAACAUUAAGAAAAAUAUUAAAAAGGCAUUUAAAUGAAAUUUGCUAACUUGUGAUUUUUAUGGUUUGAACCAAAGUUAUUCAAAUAGUAAAAAGAGAGAGAGAGAAAUGAUCUCCCAUAUUUUUCUGCACCUGUUUGGUUUACAACUAAGUAGGUAUCCUGUCAUUGUUGUGUAUAUGAGAUGUAAUUGUAUUGUUCAUAAUAUAUAUAUUUUUAUGAAGUGUACUUAAAGUACUUUAACAUGCAGCAAUUUUCAGUAUGCCUUUUUUUUCAACAACAGGUGGUAAGGGUUUUUUGUGUGGCCACUAGCACUAUUCUUUUAAUUUGUUCAGAGUCUCAAAUCAAAACUCCAGUUUAUGCUAGUGCUAACUAACUUGUGUAGGCCUGUCGUAGACAUCAGUUCAACAUAAUUAUGGUGUAAUCCUACUGAGCCAUGGAUUUGAAUUUCCUUUAAAAGUAAAAGCCAAGUUGAUGUGUUGUAAAGAAAUUUUCAUGUAGCUGUGGUGCUAGUUAUUACUGGCUACAUACUUUAUUCAUGUAGUAUUGACUCCUCCCCCAAGUGUGCAAACCUUCAGUUAUAAUUAUGUACUUUGUGUGAUAUAUAUUAAAGCUGUAAAGUAUAAAAACAGUCUGUGAGAAUACUAACCUUUCUGGAAGUGUUCUCCAACUUGCAAUUAUUUGUAGUAAUAUACUUUUACAGAUUUUUCUUUAAAAUGUUUGUGCUUUUAAUUGACUAACUACUUGCUGCUGUAUAGUAAAAUAUUAAUAUAUUUUUAUCAUUAAACUGCUGCAUGACUAUCAUCAUUGCAAGUGAAAAACAAUAAAUGAUGCCUUAAAACAUAAAAAAAAAUAGUUGAAAUUCUGUAGGAAGAAUGGACAAAACAAGAAUCUUGUUGAUUCUUGAGUUUCUGAGCGUAUUCAUUUUCUAAACAAAUUUAUCAGUGUGGAUUUAACUACUGUAUGUAGGAGAUUCUACCUGUAGGAACAGAACUGUGUUUUGGUUCUCAUUGAUUGUAAGAGAUUGGGUCUAGGUAAGACAAUGAUGGUUCAAAAGAAAUGUAUGUUUGGGUUAAAAAUAAUCCUCUUCUUUAGAGUUGUAUUAUAAGUUAUUAAGACAAGUCUGUUUCAGUUGUAUCCUUUAUUUCUAGUUUAAUAUAUUUGCUAAUGGUGUCUAUAUAGCACCAAAUGUGCAAUAAUAUAGUGGUUAGGAAUUUUUUUUAGAAUCACUGGAAUUUAUUACAAUUGUUUUCUAAGAUGCACUUUUCCAUAAGGAAAAAGUAAGCUUCCAUGGUGCACAGUGUGAUACUUUUCGGACGCAAGUAAAAAACAUUGAGUGUCAGAUUUGCUUUGUUUUAAUUGGAGCAUUUGUAGGCGGUUUAUACUGUAUUUGAACUGUGAUGUAGAAAGGACUGCAUUUUCCAUGCUGUGGGUAGUUGAAAAGCUUAAAUGUUUUAAUUUUUGCUAUUUUGUUUGUAAGUUCCACAAUUUCCUACAGUGUCUAAGGUCUAUUUCUAGAGAUUGGCAGAAGUAUUGUUUUUAGCAAUAACUUUUUUGUAUGGGGAGAGGGAUAGUCUUGUUCCACUUGAAUUAAAUCAAACUUGUGUAACAGCAAAAUACUCAACUCUGUUUUAGAGUGGACAUAGACAGUAAGACCUGUAAAGAGACUUUAAGUGAGUACUUUGCUUCUCAGGGUGUGAAUGUACAUUUUAUUUGCCCCACUGUUGCCUGUGACCAGAUUUAUAUAACAUAACAAACGUAUGUUUAUCAAAGGCAAAACUAGAAUGAAGAUACAUAGUGUAGGCAGUUAGUUCUUAUCUACCACUUUUGAUCCUCUAAAAAUCUGUUGUCUGAUUCCAGGCAAUGUUGAAGCUAAUUUUAGUCAACAGAUAUAUGUUUUGUUUAUGGUUCUUUCCUGAGAGUCAAAGUUCAAAAAUCCUUUCCCUGUGUAUCUGAGAAUACAGUCCUUUAUAUCAGGGAUCUCCAAUCUUGGCAAUUUUAUGACUUGAGAACUUCAAUCCCCAGAAUGCACUGCAUGGACUGGCUGAGGAAUUCUGGGAGUUGAAGUCCACAAGUCAUAAAGUUGCCACGGUUGGAGAUCCCUGCUUUAUAUGAAGAAACAAGAUGACACGUGAAUUGUAUAAUUCUCCUUUUAUUAUAUCUUAGUCCAGUUCCAAAAGAAUUUGGUGUCCCAAGUCUAAGAAUCUUUUUCUCCCAUAGGCACACUAGAUACCUUAGGACCUGUUCAAUCUGAUGUUAUUUGAUUUGAACCAUAAAUUACCUUGAUUUGAAUUCAUGUUUUUCCAGUUGAGGUGCUCAGUACUUGAUAAAGGUACAAUAACUCACAAUUAAAAUAAGCAAUAGUGAAAGAAUCUUGCUUAGAUUGAAUAAAUGGCCAGAUGAAUAAAAGUAAUGGUAUAUUUGAUCAUAUUUGGUAUUUUAAAAACAGUAUGUUCAAAUGUGCCAAGCAUCUAGCUUUUGGAAGACAUGCCUUAUUUUUCCUGAAUAUGUUUUCAGUGUCGUAGGAAAGAUCCAGUCAUAAUGAUAUUUUGUAUGAAAUGCAAGAAAACUUGAAAUCCACUGCAAUAUAAACAUAAGUCUGUUUUUGUUUUAUUUUUAAAUGAAAGGGGCACUGUCAAGUAACUUUUAAAAUAUGAUCUCCCUUUCAGACUAUCACAGCAUGGCAAUUGUGUUCAUUUUAAUUCCACUUGUUUUUUUUUAAGUUGCUCUGUCUGAGAAAUUAAAUAAAUGAGUUAAAAUUAGACACUGUUGAUUCAUGCCUCUUUAUUAUUGUAUGCUGUAAAAUGCCAUUUUCAGCCAGAGGGGGAGCUAAACUAAUUAAGAAAUAAUAUUCACUGUAGAGCAGAAAUUCUCUGAGUACUAGAAAAAAUUAGCAGAGAAGGGCAAAAAUGGAGAAUGCAACAUUUAUUAAUCUAUCAAGAGUAAAAAGUGUAAGCAACUUUUGAAUGCAGAUAAUGGAAAACUUACAAAAAUGUAAACA